UAGCCACGCCCCCCAGUCAGCUGUUUCCUCAACUCCGGCAAAGCGCACGGGAAAACCUUUCCUCGCUUCAGCUGCGCGUCGCGCUGUGUCCGCACAGAUGCUCGGCGCCGUCGCGUUUGGCCGGUGGAUUUAACUGUGUCGCGAGGCGGAGCAGCAGCAAUGUCCCUGACGGGAGAGCAGUGGUGUCCCACCAGCGUCCAGGUAACGGUGCUCCAAGCCAGGGGCCUCCGGGUGAAGGGCAAAGGCGGCACCAACGACGCGUACGCGCUCAUGCAGCUGGGAAAGGACAAGUACCAGACGUCGGUGGCGGAGAAGAGCGUGGCGCCGGUGUGGAAGGAGGAGGCCGCGUUCGACCUGCCGCCCGCGGGCCGCGGCGGCGCCAUGCACGUGCACGUCCUGCACCGGGCCCUGGUGGGUCCGGACAAGCUCCUGGGCCAGGCUGUCAUCGACCUGCUGCAGCUGAGCGAAGACAAGGGCCGCGACAAGACGGAGUGGUUUAAGCUGCUGGACAAGACUGGAAAAGCCGACAAAGACCGAGGAGAGGUGCUUCUGGACAUUCAGUUCAUGAGAAACAACAUGACCGCCAGCAUGUUCGACCUCUCGGCUGCCGGCAAGUCCCGGUCCCGCCUCAGCAAGUUCAAGGACAAAGUCCGAGGCAAGAAAAAGGAGUCGGACUCCGGCACCGGGGCGUUGCCGUCGUUCACUCAGGUUCUGACGGACAGCGAGGAGGAGGGACGUGGGGAUGGACACGGGGCUGCGGAGAAGGACGAGAAGAAGAAGAAGCACAAGAUGAAGUCUCUGUUUUCCCCCAAGUCCAACCUGCAGAGGAACCUGUCUCAGUCUCUGUCGGUUCUGCCUGCGAGCGCCUCGCUGAGCGGCAGCCAGUCGUCUGGGCUGAAUGUGGAGACGUCUGAAGGGAAAAAGAAGUUCAAGUUGAAGCUACAUAAACGCUCAGGAAGCUCAGACCACAAAGAGUCCUCCUCUGGCCUCCAGAAGCACAGCACCGCAGAACAGAGUAACGUGUGCAUAAAUGGCAGCCAUGUUUACUGUGAGGAAGCACCAACGCGGACCUCUCGCAUCGACUCCCAUCAAGAUGUUCCUGAAAGACAGUAUUCAGCCUGGACAGAAGAGGAGGAAGCUGAUGUGGAGAAUUUAAAGGAAAACACAGAUGAAGAAGAAGAGGAGGAGGAGGAGGAGGAGGAGGAGGAGGAGGAGGAGGAAAGAAUGAGGGUGGAGGAGGAGAAAAUUAGGAGGCAAGAACUCGAGAAGCUGGCUGACGAGAAGAGAAGACGAGAGGAAGAAGAAAAGGAAAGGACUCGAGAAAAAAAAAUAAAGGAAGAGACCGAGGAAAAGAAGAAACUAGAGGAAGAAGAAAGGAGGACGAUGGAGGAAAAACAUAAGCAAAGACAGGAAGAGGAACGAAUAAAGAUGGAGGAGAAACGGAUUCAGGAAGAGAGGAGGAGGCAAGAAGAAGAGAGGGUCAGGAGAGAAAAAGAGCAUAAAAUAUUAGAGGAAAAGAGGAGGCUAGAGGAAGAAGAAAGAAAAGCUGCAGAAAUAAAGAGAAAAGAGGAAGAAGAACGCAAACAAAGGGAGAAGGAAAAGGCUGAGGAAGAGGAAAGGAUUAGGAAAGAGCAGGAAAGAAAACAGAAGGAAGAGAUGGCCAAGAAAGAAAAGGAAGAAUAUGAGAGACUGGUAGAAAAAAAGCUGAAACUAGAGGAAGAGAGGAAACGGAUGGAGGCAGAGGAGAAAGUUAAAAGAGAGGAAGAGCAGAAAGCUAGGUUGGAGGAAGAGAGGAGGAGGAAAGCAGAAGAAGCGGAGAUGAUUAGGAGAGAAAAGGAGGAGCAGGAAGAAAGGAGGAGACUAGAAGAACAAGAGAGAAUAAAUGAGGAAAAGAGUCUAAGGGAGGAACAAGAAAGGAUUCUGAAAGAGGAGAGAGCUAAACAGGAAGAAUAUGAUAGAAAAGCUGAGGAAAAACAGAGACAAAGGAUGGAGGAGGAGGAAAGAUUUAGAAAGACUGGGCAAGAGAGAAUCAGGAUGGAAGAAGAGAAGAGGAGAGAAGAGGAAGAAGAGAAGAGGAGAGAAGAGGAAGAAGAGAAGAGGAGAGAAGAGGAAGAAGAAAAGAGGAGAGAAGAGGAAGAAGAGCGAGUGAGGAAGGAAGAAGAAAAAAGAUUAGCAGAGGAGAAAAGGAGAGAAAAGGAAGAAGAGCAAGUGAGGAAGGAAGAAGUAAAAAGAAGAGCAGAGGAAAAAAGGAGACAAGAGAUGGAGGAGGAGAUAAUUAAAAAGAGAGAGGAAGAAAAGAGGAGACAAGAGGAGGAAGAGACAGUGAGGAAGGAAAGGGAGGAAGCAAAGAGAUUAGCAGAGGAAAAAAGGAGACAAGAGAUGAUAAAGGAGGAGGAGAGAAUUAGAAAGACUGAGCAAGAGAGAAUCAGGAUGGAAGAAGAAAAGAGGAGAGAAGAGGAAGAAGAGCGAGUGAGGAAGGAAGAAGUAAAAAGAUUAGAAGAAGAGAAAAGGAGACAAGAGGAAGAAGAGCGAGUGAGGAAGAAAGGGGAAGAAGUAAAACGAAUAGCAGAGGAAAAAAGGAGAGAGGAGGAAGAGGAGAGAGUGAGGAAGGAAGAAGAAGUAAAAAGAAUAGUAGAGGAAAAAAGGAGACAAAAGAUGGAGGAUGAGAUAAUUAAAAAGAGAGAGGAAGAAGAGAGGGUGAGGAAGGAAAGGGAGGAAGCGAAGAGAUUAGCAGAAGAAAAAAGGAGACAAGAGGAAGAGGAGAGAGUGAAGAAGGAAGAAGAAGUAAAAAGAAGAGCAGAGGAAAAAAGGAGAGAAGAGGAGAGAAAUGAAAAGAGUGAGCAGGAGAGGAUCAGGAUUGAUAGAGAAAAGAGAGAAGAGGAAGAGCGAGUGAGGAAGGAAGGGGAAAAGUUGACAAGAGAAGAACAGAACAAGUCCAAUGAUGGAGAGAUCUCUGAGCGCAAUGAUCGUGCAGUGUCUAAGGAACGUCCCACAGACGCUUCUACUUCUACUAAUCCCUUCGAGGAGAAUCCUGAUUCGUCUGAUGAACUUGACAGCAGCACAGCGUCACGAGAAGAAAGAUGUGAGUCCUCUGUGUCAUCAGUGCGAAUCAGGACCCUUUCCAGCGAUGAAAAGUGCCUGAUUGGUGCUCAACGGGAGAAGCGGACGGCUCCUCAGCCUCCGGGGAGGCAUCGGGCGCCAACGAACCCGCCGGGUCGCGACCGAGACGUCAGAACGGCCAGCGUCCUCCCCCAGCGCUCGCUGAGCAGGGCUCCGGCGGAGGCUGGCGGCAGCGGGAGCCGGGCGCCGGGUGGGAAGGGCCCUGCACCACCCAGGCCCCGCUCUGUGGAGGACCAGGCCUCAUCCAGGGCCUCGGAAGCAACACAGGCCCACGGCUUGAACCCGUUCGAGGAUGAUGAAGACGAUGAAAGCGGUGAUGCAGGUUCAGUGAGCUGGCCUCCACAGACGAAAGCCAGGUCAUCGAAGGGGGCGCGGGCCCCUCCACCCCCCGCAGCCGGCACCAGCGCCAGCCAGGAGCCGGAGGCCAGAACCGCCGUGCCGGUCCAGAAGGGUCCGGUGAAAGGAAGCCGGGAGAACACUCAGGAAGGAGACGUGGGCGUGAGGAAGGACCCGCCUCCCACAGCUUCACGCAGGCUUCAGCCUGUAAAACCCCUUAAUCCUCUGGCCCAGCAGUCUGUCUCAGGCACUCAAGGAGAAAAAGAUAACAAAUCCACAGGAAUCCUGAAAAUUCAAGACAGAAUAAAGGCGAAUGGUGCUGAGCUCAAAGGCCCGUUUUCCCAGCUCACUCAGGAUGAACUGAUCUCUCUGGUCCUGAAGCAGGAGAAGCAGCUUUCGGAGAGAGACCGCAAGAUUUCAGAACUAGAGCAAUACAUCGACAACUUACUGGUGCGCGUCAUGGAGGAGAAACCCAGUAUCCUGAUGACACUGAGCUGCAUGAGGGAGGCUGUGUAGGCGGAUGCAGUCUGACCGAAGCUGAACUGAGUGAACUGAAAUAACUGGAGUAAAGGUUUCACUUUAGAGGGUAUGAACAAGUAAGAUUUCAACAUGUUUCCCAGUAAACAACAAUAAUCUAAAGUAAAAAUAAUCUACGUUACAACAAUGUCAUUUGUCUCUUUGCUGUACGUGAUGAAAGCAUCUUGAAGGUUUCUAAAGAUAGCUGAGUUUCUAAGGAAGCUCAGUUUUACCAAAUAAUAAAGUAAUUGAAAUGAAUACAGAUUCUUCUUUAGGUCACUGUUCACAGCGAUGAUAUCUCCAGUGUAAAAAAAGAGCUUUAUUUUCCUGUUAAAAUGCACUAAUUACUGUAGGUGGGCGAUGUUUACGUUUUGUAAUGAAUGUAAAACAUAUUCACAAUUUUACUAACCUGAAAAGCACUUUAAUAAAAGACUUACAUGAUUAA